UGAUUUAGGAUUAUUAUGAAAUGACAGUAGCACUCUAAAUAUACUCUGAAACCGUGAUGACAUCAAACGCAGUGUUAUCAAAUGGAAACGCAGCUUUUGAAAACUACUACAGACAGCUGGAUCCUGGAAACACAGGCAAAAUAUCAGCAGGCGAUGCGGCUCAGUUUCUCAAGAAGUCUGGACUGUCAGACAGUACACUGGGGAAAAUUUGGGAAUUGGCAGAUUCAGAUAGAAAAGGCUAUUUGGAUAAGCGGGGUUUCUUCAUUGCUCUGAGACUUGUAGCGUCAGCACAGGGUGGAAAUGAUAUAAGUCUUAAUAACAUCAACCAAAGCUUAGCUGCACCUAAAUUUAGAGAUGUUGACAGCCCAUUAAGUGUGUCCACAACAGUGUCUGACUCUCAUUGGGCAAUUAGACCCGAUGAAAAAGGGAAGUUUCUGGGAAUAUUUGAAAGUCUGGCCCCAGUAAAUGGCCUCCUGUCUGGUGAUAAAGUCAGGCCAGUUUUGAUAAACUCCAAGCUACCUCUGGAUGUGUUAGGAAAGAUUUGGGAUCUUAGUGAUGUUGACAAAGAUGGACACUUGGACAAAGAAGAAUUCACAGUGGCCAUGCAUCUUGUGUAUCGGGCUAUGGAGAAGGAGCCUGUCCCAAGCAGCUUACCAGCUUCCCUCAUCCCACCUUCUAAAAGGAAAAAGGCUGGGAUUGCUCUUCCAGGUGCUGUGGCUGUGCUGCCCAAUCUGUCUGGACUUGCAUCUGGCCCGGCUCCUCUCAAAGAGACCCUGCGAAGCACUCUGCCUCAAGGGAGCUCUACUCCCCUCGGCCCCAGUGUUGUUAAUCUGUCUCCAAAACACUCCUUUAAAUCCAGCUCAACGCCAGCGGUGAACUGGGUGGUACCUGUGGCUGACAGAGAGAGAUAUGACGACCUUUUCCAGCAAACAGACACCGACAACGAUGGCCUCGUCACGGGGAGUGAGGUUAUAGAGAUCUUUAUGCAGUCCACCCUCUCUCAGACAAUGCUGGCACAGAUAUGGGGACUCGCUGAUACAAAACAGACAGGCAAGCUGUCCCGGGAGCAGUUCUCUCUGGCCAUGCAUUUUAUUCAACAAAAGGCCACUAAAGGCAUAGACCCUCCCUCUACACUCACUCCAGAUAUGAUCCCCCCGUCAGAAAGGACUGCAUCAGCUACAGGCCUUAGCUAUUUGGGGCUUUUUUCUUCUAUAAGACCAGAACUUGCUUCAACAGUUAAUAUUCGCAGAGACAGCAGCAGCUCUGUGGGGUCAGCAGAGCUGACGGGCAACAAAGAGCUGGAUGACCUCAGCCAGGAAAUAGCUCAGCUGCAGAGAGAGAAAUUCAUCAUUGACCAGGAAAUUAGAGAAAAAGAGGAAGCCAUUAGACAGAAGAACAGUGAUGUUCAGGACAUGCAGAAUGACUUGGACAGGGAGAGCAGCAGUCUGCAGGAUCUGGAGUCCCAGAAGCAGGAUUCCCAGGAACGCCUGGAGGAGAUGGACCAGCAGCGCUCCAAGCUGGAGGGAAUGCUCAAUGACUUGAAGCAGAAGUGCCAGGAAGAGACCCAGAUGAUUUCAUCCCUGCAGAGUCAGAUCCGUUCUCAGGAGACAGAACUCCGAAGUCAGGAAGAUGAAAUGAGUCGCACCAAGGCAGACCUGAGUCGGCUGCAGGAGGAGGAGGCCCAGCUGGAGCAGAGCUUGCUCUCUGGCCGUGUCCAGCUGGACAGCAUCGUGAAGUCACUUAAAACCACCCAGGAGGAGAUCAACCAGGCUCGCAGUAAGCUGUCGCUGAUCCAAGACAGCCAAGAUGAAAUGACCAAGACCAUUGAGCAGUACAACAGUACUUUGAGCGAAAUCAACGGGGGAAACUUCAGCAACCUGCCGGACUUGAGUGAGGGGAUCGCUGAGAAAGAGAACGGAGGUUUCAGAAGUGCGGAUGACUCCAUCAAGUCAAGGAUAGCCAUGUUUAACAACAGCGGUGCGAAGGAGUCUCCGGCAGAUCCCUUUCAGAUAGAGGACCCGUUCAAGUCUGACCUGCUAAAAGAUCCAUUUGGUGGAGAUCCUUUUAAAGAAGAUCCUUUCAAAGGCACCUCAUCUGAAGACUUUUUUAAGAGGACUGACAAGCCCGACUUGUUUGGAUCUGCAGACCCUUUCAGUAGAAAACCCACACCACCAGUCAAGCCAAGUUCCCUCAGCAGCGGUGACCCCUUCGCUUCAAAACCGAAGGAUUCAGAUAUGUUUGGGAAAGUGGACCCCUUUGGAAGCAACUCCUUUGGAGGCCAGGGUGGUGGAUUUGCUGACUUUAGUCAGAUGUCAAAGAAGCCAGAUCAUCCUGUGCUCCCAUCAAAGAAACCUGUGCCUAACCGGCCUGCACCUCCCUAUGUAGGUUUGCUCAGUUUGAGUGCAUCAGAGCCACUCCAGAGCGUUUGCUCCACAGCAGUCAGUAAAGACUCUUUUUUUACGACACACUCGAGUAAAGCAUCCAAAGACUGUCCUGUGGGUUUUGCAGAUAUUGGCUCUUUUGGAAGUGAGAGUGAGCAGCUGGAGUGGGCCAAGCAGGAGAGUGAGCGUGAAGAACAGGAGAGACUGAGGAGGCUGCAGCUCCAGGAGCAGCAAGACCUGGAGCUGGCCAUCGCACUCAGCAAGGCGGAUCUGCCCAACGCCUGAUCUCCCCAGAUUUUUAUCCCCUUCCAUCUCCUUUACAGUUCUCCUUCUACAGCAGUGACACUGGCCCUACGUGACAAGCAUCCCCUGUUACCAGUAUUUUCCCAAUUAAGACUGAACUUCUGUGAAAGGACUCCAUCCGGAUGGUGUGUUGCUCCCAAACUACAUGGCAACUCUAAUCAGGAAGAACACGGAGCAAUUUGACUAAUGCUUGGCUUUGCUCUGCAAGAAUAAAGUGAUUUAAGAAAGCGCAGCAUAUUCCACUGCAGCCUUAUUUAGCUUCAUAUCAUGUUAUGACUAAUCAAGCUGCAUGUUUGGUUAACUAUUUAAGAAUAUUUUUGUUUGAAUUUCUAUACUAAAUCAAGGAAUCUGUGGUGUCUGAAGUAAGAUGCACUUGAAGUCUGUUUUGUUUAACCUUUUACAACUCAUAUAUUUGUAUUUAAAGUCAAACAACACAUGCUAACUACUCUGUUGGCCUGUAAGGGAGUUUGUGAGACACUAGAAGUACUGUAAAUUUUAGAUGACAGUUUUAUGUGUGAACCAAAGCUGUCUUAGAGGACUAUGACUUAGCAAUUAGAUCAGAAAAGGUAUGAUUUAUACUCAUAUUUCAAUGUUACAAGUUUUUCUAGCUAUUUAUGCCUUCAUAUCUAUUAUUUAUGGCAUUAAAAGUGCAUGAGUUGAAUAUUGGGAGUGUAAUCAAAGUCAUUGCGAUGCUUAAGAUAAUCAUUGAGUUCUUCCUUUUCUAUGAACAAACUUUUGUCCACCUGGAGUGCUAGUCACCACCUCUCUGAUGCAAGCAGUUUGAAUUUGUCAGAUCAUUUAUCAUUGGUUGCCUUCUUGUGACACAAGUAAAAAACUUGAACUUCCAUUAAACUAAAAAACCUCUCUAAAAUUGAAAAGUUAAAACCUAAGUUGUUUAUGCUGGUGCUGUUUUACUUACUGUUGCUCUACUCUUUUUGUUAUUCUUUACACUACCAGAUACGCUCAGUGACUUUUUUAGUUUUUUCUCAAAAACAGUAACAACUAAAAAGCAAUGGAUAAUUUGAAUUGUUUUCUAGUAACUGUCUUUUCUGUUCAUACUUACGUGGAGGAAAUAUUGUUAAAUGCCUUCAACUCUUGUAUUCUUGUCUUUCUACAGCACUAAUCAGGUUUAUUUAGCACAUAAUGUAUCCACUGUAUAUUCCUUCCAGGACAUAUGCAGUGUCAGCGCCUUAUUUAUCAACAUAUCAACACUGUAACAUGUAAUAUUGCACAAUAUGUAUGUAGAACGCUUGAGUUUUGAUUUACUCAAAACAAAUUACUUUUACUGAAUAAAAGUGACUUUUAACAUUC